AGCGCGCUAACGACUGGAAUGUGCUUUUCGGCUUGCCGUAGAACCACAACUUUAUACGUCACCGGUCAAAGUUGAAAAUCAAAAAACAAAUGGAGACGAAGGAGAAAAGAAGGAGCGGAGGCUCGUCUAAACGCCUUAAAAAAGGUGGGAAAUGCACCAAAGCACUGACCGACGAAGAAGAGGAAAAAAGGAGAGAGGACUUGAGAGAGAAGCUGAGGGAGAAGUUGGAGCUGGAGAAAAGUUCCCUGAAAGUGGUCGAGCGUCUCCUGGAGGACAGCGUGGCUGCAGACUUCCUGGUGGACUGUGCAAAGUUCAUCACUACAGAUAAUUACAAAGAUGCUGUAGAGGAGAGAUUUAUUGCUAAACUUUGUGGUUAUCCCCUAUGCCCGAAUAAACUGGGCAAGAUCCCUUCUCAACAAUAUAAAAUUUCUACUAAGACCAACAAAGUGUACGACAUCACUGAACGCAAGUGUUUUUGCAGUAACUUCUGCUACAAAGCCUCCAAAACAUUUGAGCUACAAAUAUCACCAACACCCCUUUGGCUCAGGCACCAUGAGAGCCCUCCAGAAAUUACACUGAUGAAGAAAAGAGAUGGUGGGAGCUCUGGUGAGGAGGUGAUGCUGUCAAAGAGGUGGCUCCAUGAGGAGUAUGUAGAGAACCCGCUGGCUACUCUACCCAAAGACCCUCAUGGCUCUCAGCUGAGCUCUGCUGUAGCUGACCUCACACACAGUGAUGGCAGCGAUGUUGAACCGGAGCAGGACUUUGUCUCCAGUGUGGUCUCCCAGAGGCAGGGGCCCAGGGUGCACUGGGGUGACCUGCCUAAACGCACAGAUGAAGACAAGAAAGGAGAACGAGGGAAGGAAGAGAGGAGAAAGAAACAGAGGGGAGAAGGAGAUGAAGAGGAGACUGAGCAUAAUCAAAGUCAGGACACAGAAAAGGAGGUAAAUGUGAGAGAAGAUGAGCAAAGGAAGGAAACGGAUGCUGAAAAACCCAGCCAGCUUCAUGUAGUGCAUACUAACCUGGCACUGCUAGAGGAGAAAGACUUGCUUGAGGAACUGAGUGUGGAGGCUACAGCUCAACUGAAAGUGUGCAGUUUAUCUGAGACACUCACUCACAGCACUUCCAUGCCUGUUGGCUCAGCAAGCACACAAGCAGAACACACAACUCCGCUCACUCACAACACGACAUUACCACAGCAGCCGGGUCUCAACAUCACCCAGGCGCAUAUGAGCAAGAGAGGGGCAGCAAGGCUACGAGACCUGCUCAAGAACCACCCUCCUGCACCCAAACCAGACUCCGUCCAGCUCAACAUUCUCGAAUGCUUGACAAGAACUUUGAAGGAAUGGUGCACUGAUGAGACCCUGAAGUUCCUGUAUGGCGCAGAUCAUUCACUGGGCUCUCACUUGGCUCAUGUAAGAGAAGAAGAAGGGGAGGUGGAGGAGGAGUUAGAUGAAGAUGACCUUGAGGAUGAGGUGACAGUGGAGGACAGAGGUGGGCUUAAUGAUGGGGUGCAAAAGAGACCAUCAGCUGCUCCACCAGACUACGAGACACUGCACAAGGAGACCCAGCAGCUGGAGCUCAGGGUCAGGGAGUUUUAUAAGGGGACCUGGAUUCUGUCUGAGGAAGUAGAGGAGCUGAAUGGAAACAAGGUGACAGUCCAGGACCAGUGCAUGAAGGACCCAGUUCUGCCCCUUGUUGACUCUUGUGCUCAGCACCUCAUCCAGAAACGAAUCACAGUGGACAAGAUCAGCAGCUGUCUCAGAAACAUUGUGGGUUCGUUGCAUCUCACCAUGAGCAACGUAUCAACCGACCUGAAUAAUCUGGUCAGGACAUUCAGAUUCACCAACACAAACGUCAUCCACAAAACUCCAGAGUGGACCCUCAUAGCUGUGGUGCUUCUCCAUCUGUUGUCAGAGGUGUCUCCGGUGGUGCAAGAGGCCUUGAAGACGCCGGCAUCAGUGGAGUAUUUGAGCACACUGAUGGAUGAGCUGGGUUUACAGGAGCAGGAUCUACUGAACCUAGUGCAGCUUUUUAAAACCCCACCACAGUGACACACACACACACACACACACACACACAUGGUCAACCAUGGCCAUGUGAGCAAUAAAUAUAGAUUCAGCCUAAGUAUGUGGGUAUCAGACGUUUUCUGUAAUGUGCAUUUUCACAAAUUCAGUCCCAACACAAACAUCUAGGGUGUAGGAGUGGAGGCUGUUGAUGCAGCAGCAUUACUGUAUGCACACAGUCUGUGGUGAGAUAGGCACAAAUCAGAUCUUUGAAGUUUUAGAGCUGUUGUAGUUUAACCUCUGCAAGGCCAAAUAAAUCACACCCAGCUUUUCC